AGAGAUGUUUCAGUGGACCUGCUGAUCGAGCUGUAUCUUUUUUAAAAAAAAUAAAAGCCAUUAGAUCAGUUCCCUUUAAUGUAGUUAUUGUGAUUUGUUUUCAAAGAAUUUACAAGAGGAAAAUAAGGUCGAUAAGAUGCACUCAUAUAUCUGACUAGAUUCACAAAUUAUUAAUGGCCUAAGUGAAGAAGGUGAUUCAUGGUCACAUAAAAAUAAUUACAAAUAAUGAAUACAAUUACGCACUGAAGUACUGAGUAGAAGCCAAUUAUUAAUGGUCCACAAGAAAUAGUACAAUGUGUUGUGUUGAAUAGAUUGGUUAAUUCAUGGCACAAUAUAACAAAUUAAGCUCCCCCUCCAAAACUUGACUCACGGCUUUUUCCUUUUCAUGUUGUACACUUUGUCCAAUAUACUGUCCUUUUGAAUAGUUGGGUGAUUCUAAAAAUCACUUGUGAAAUAAUUCAAAUAUAAUAAAUGAAACCAAACUUCUAAAAAUCACUACUACAAUCAUAACUUUCAAACAAGAAAAAACAUAGCUUGAACGAUUAUAUAUAUAUAUAUAUAUACAUGCAUGUGCCUAACGAUUUGGUACUGCGAUGUAUGUUCAGUCAUACUUGCCACCAAAUACACCAGAUGGACUAAAGAGAUACAGAAGAGAAGAGCUUAGGAAUUUGCAAGGCAGUGGGUACAAGAAACAUGAGAGCCACCAUAGAAUAUACGACUAUGACGUGUACAAUGAUCUCGGUGAUCCUGACAAAGGUGUUCGCUAUUCAAGACCCAUUCUUGGUGGUAAACAAUUUCCUUAUCCUCGACGUUGUAUGACGGGUCGUCCUCGGACCUCAUCAGAUCCAUUAUCAGAAGUCAGAAGUAUGGAGUUUUAUGUGCCACGAGAUGAAGCAUUCUCCAUAUCAGAACAAGGAAAUACAUUGAUGAAGGCAUUUUAUUCCAUGUUAUAUGGCUUCUUACCAGCUUUAGAGAACAUCUUCACUGAACAUAAUUCCAAUCUCUUUGAAACAAAACAUCCUUCUCCUUUUGCUAGACUUGUCCAAAUCCUUACUGAUAAGGCCAUGGAUAUCUUACUCUUGCAUUCUUCGCAAACAUCCUAUGGGGACAAAUUCUUUUGGUUUAGAGACGAGGAAUUUGCUAGACAGACCCUUGCAGGUCUCAACCCGUAUAGCAUAAGACUUGUCACGGAAUGGCCAUUGAAGAGUGAGCUUGACCCUUCUAUUUAUGGUUCCCCUGAAUCCGCAAUCACUGAUGAAAUAGUUGAGCAACAAAUAAAAGGAAUCAUGAGUCUUGAUGAGGCAUUGAAACAAAAGAAGUUAUUUAUAUUAGAUUAUCAUGAUGUGUUCAUACCAUAUGUAGCAAAGGUAAGAAAGCUGAAAGGGAGAACGUUAUACGGUUCAAGAACAUUAUUUUUCUUAAACCCAGAUGGCACUUUAAGGCCACUAGCCAUUGAGCUUAGCAGACCACCCAUUGAUAACGAACCACAAUGGAAAGAUGUUUUCACACCAUGUUGGGAUGCCUAUGGCCUUUGGCUUUGGAGGAUCGCGAAAGCUCAUGUGCUUGCUCAUGAUUCUGGUCAUCAUCAACUUAUUACUCAUUGGCUGAGAACCCAUUGUUGCGUGGAACCUUACGUAAUUGCUACUCACAGACAACUAAGUGCAGUGCAUCCCAUUUAUAGACUAUUGCAUCCGCACUUUCGGUAUACCAUGGCGAUCAAUGCAGCGGCUAGGGAAGGCCUUAUCAAUGUAGAAGGGCUUAUUGAGAAUAUCUUCUCAACAGGAAAAUAUUCUAUGGAAAUUAGUUCCUUGGUCUAUGACAAACAAUGGCAAUUCAACUUAGAAGCUUUACCUGCUGACUUAAUUCACAGGGGAUUAGCUGUUGAAGAUCCCCAUGCAGCUCAUGGUCUAAAGUUGAGUAUUGAAGACUACCCUUUCGCUAAUGACGGGCUAAUUCUUUGGGAUGCCAUCAAAGAAUGGGCUACAGAAUAUGUAAAUCAUUACUAUCCCAACCCAAGUGUUGUGAAUUCAGAUGAUGAACUUCAAGCAUGGUGGACAGAAAUUCGAACUGUAGGCCAUGCAGAUAAAAAGGAUGAACCAUGGUGGCCAAUUCUCAACACUCCUAAAGACCUCAUUGACAUUGUCACAACCAUCAUCUGGGUUACUUCAGGGCACCACGCUGCGGUUAACUUCGGACAAUAUUCUUUCGCGGCUAGUUAUUAUCCAGCUCGACCUAGUCUUACACGACUCAACAUCCCUACAGAACAACCAAACUCACAGCUUUGGAAUUGCUUUCUUGAAAAUCCAGAAAACGUGUUUUUAGAAACUUUUCCUUCGCAUUUUCAAGCUACGUUACUUUUGUCGAUUUUGAAGAUAUUGUCAAGUCAUUCUCCAGAUGAGGAGUAUUUAGGAGGGGAUAUGGAAGCAGCAUGGGAAGAUGAGGAUGUUAUAAAGGAAGCAUUUUAUAAGUUUAGAGCAAAAUUGCAAAAUUUGGAAGUGAUUAUUGAUGAAAGAAAUGCUAAUCCUAACUUGAAAAAUAGACAUGGAGCAGCUGGGAUUGGACCUUAUCAACUUUUGAAGCCAUUUUCAGAGCCUGGUGUUACAGCAAGAGGGGUUCCUAAUAGUGUUUCCAUUUAAAUAUUUUCUUACAAAAUCGAAUCGUAAAAAGUCGUGUAAAUAAAAAUGACUAUUAAUCGAGGAGAAAAUAAUAUCGGGUAUAUGAAUUAUUUGAAAUGAUAUUUUACCUUCCAUUCUGUCUUUCUUUACUGUAAUAGCUAGCUAGCUUUAAUCAUGUUCCAUGUACUACGUGUGGAAACAACUAUAAGUUACAAAUAAUAGCUCAUUUGACUUAAAGGUUUCCUAAGAU